AUGCAAAAUAGUACGGAUUGCCUGAAUCUCAACUCGGAGUUAUGGUUGUAUCGAGAAGACUUGUCAACAAGGUGGUAUAUAAUGUUGAUAUUCGCCUUUCUCUACCUUAUCAUUAUUGCUGCUGGGAUAAUUGGUAACACCUGUGUGAUUCUGGCAAUCACUAGAAACAAGUCUCUCCAAACGGUUCCGAAUCUUUUCAUUCUUUCCUUAUCGUGCUCUGAUAUUGUUGUGUGUUGUACGUCAGCCACAAUCACUCCAAUAACUGCGUUCAAAAAAGAAUGGAUCUUCGGAGAGGCACUCUGUCGUAUUGCUCCUUUCAUUGCGGGAAUCAGUCUUUGUUACUCAACAUUCACAUUGACGGCUAUUUCUAUUGAUAGAUAUAUCCUAAUUCGAUUUCCAAUGAGAAAACCAAUCACUCAUUAUCAGGCGGUGGGAGUCAUUGCUCUAAUUUGCGGUUUCGCUGCAACUAUCACAUCACCGAUUAUGUUCAAACAGAGACUCGGAGAGUUUGAGAACUUUUGCGGUCUUUAUUGCACGGAGAACUGGGGAGCCAAUGAGAGUCAGCGAAAAAUCUAUGGAGCUGCUUUGAUGUUUCUUCAACUUGUCAUUCCACUCACAAUCAUCAUCAUCUCCUACACAGCAAUUUCUCUGAAAAUCGGACAAAGCAUGAUUCUGAAAGGAGCGAAGAAGCAGAAAACCGACAAUUGGGAAAUGGAAUUAAGCGAUCAACAAAGGAUCGCGGUGAAAAGAAGACAAAGAACCAAUCGCAUGCUUAUUGGUAUGGUUGUCGCAUUUGCGUGCAGUUGGAUUUGGUCGGUGACGUUCAAUAUCCUUAGAGACUAUGAGUACUUGCCAGAACUUAUUAAGACUCAAGAGUACAUUUUUGGUAUCGCCACUCAUUGCAUCGCAAUGACAUCAACGGUCUGGAACCCGCUUCUCUAUGCUGUCCUUAACCUUCAACUCCGUGCUGCAUUCAUCGACUUGAUGCCCCACUGGCUCCGUCGUCGUCUCAAUCUUGAAGGGGACAAUAGCUCGCCAUUGCUUACUCAUCCAACGAUGACGAUUACUAAUAAGUACGGAUCUACGGCAACACAGGCAAUCAAAGCAACAUACAUUAAUACCGCAAACGGACAACCAUACGUGUCAACAAGUUUAGUAGUGGGUAAAGUUCAACAAGAACCUUCAAGUUUUAAAUUUAACGGAUCGGGUCGCAAAAAGUCAAUGAUGCGAAUUCUAGUGCAAAAAAGAAACAAGGAAGAGGAAGAACAACUAAUCACAAAAGAAUCACCAUCGCCGCCAGAAAUCCAGAUGGAUACACUUUGUGCGGCACCCAUAAUCCCUCGACGAAAAAGUGCUCAGCCAAGGUCCACAAAUGAAAAAGUUGUGCUGCCGAGGAAGGCUUCUUUUUAA